UUCCGGCGGAACCAGCCUCAACAAGGGAAACUUUAUUGUUCUCAUUAAGACAGCGACUAUGUCGGUGAACUACGCAGCGGGGCUGUCGCCCUAUGCAGAUAAGGGCAAGUGUGGCCUCCCCGAGAUCUUUGACCCCCCAGAGGAGCUGGAUCAGAAGGUGUGGGAGCUGGCCAGGCUGGUCUGGCAGUCAUCCAAUGUGGUGUUCCACACAGGUGCUGGCAUCAGUACUGCCUCAGGCAUCCCGGACUUCAGGGGCCCGCAUGGCGUGUGGACCAUGGAGGAGCGGGGCCUGGCGCCCAAGUUCGACACGACCUUCGAGAGCGCGCGGCCCACGUGCACGCACAUGGCGCUGGUGCAGCUGGAGCGCGUGGGGCUGCUGCGCUUCCUCGUGAGCCAGAAUGUGGACGGCCUGCACGUGCGCUCCGGCUUCCCCAGGGACAAACUGGCAGAGCUGCAUGGGAACAUGUUCAUAGAAGAAUGUGCCAAGUGUAAGACGCAGUAUGUCCGGGACACAGUUGUGGGCACCAUGGGCCUCAAGGCCACCGGCCGGUUCUGCACAGUGGCCAAGGCACGGGGACUGCGGGCUUGCCGGGGGGAGCUGAGAGACACCAUCCUGGACUGGGAAGACUCUCUGCCCGAGCGGGACCUCGCUCUUGCUGAUGAGGCCAGCAGGAACGCAGACCUGUCCAUCACCCUGGGCACCUCUCUGCAGAUUCGGCCUAGUGGGAACCUGCCCCUGGCCACCAAGCGCCGAGGCGGCCGCCUGGUCAUCGUGAACCUGCAGCCCACCAAGCAUGACCGCCAGGCCGACCUGCGCAUCCACGGCUAUGUGGACGAUGUGAUGGCGAGGCUCAUGCGACAUCUGGGACUCGGCAUCCCCACCUGGCAUGGGCCCCGUGUGCUGGAGCGGGCACUGCCUCUGCUGCCCCGGCCACCCGCACCCCAGCUCAAGCCCAAAGAGGACAGUGAAGAGAAGUCCACAGCCUGCCUCAAUGGCUCUGUGCCUCCCCAGCCCAAGCCCGAGCCUUGCACCCCCAAAAUGGAGCGGCCUGACAGCCCGGGCCCUCACCAGCCUUCCAAAAGGCUGAAAGCCGAGGCGGUGCCCAGCUGACCAGCAGACCUGGGAGGGCAGGACAUUUUCUAGGAACUGCAUAUUUUGUCCUGGUGUCUCUGGUACUGGAUUUGUGCCUGGGGCUCUCAGGAUGCUGAGCUGGGUGUUCUUACCCUCUGUGGCUCUGGGUUAGCCUGUGGGGUGCAGGAAACGGCCACCCCCAAAGCUGCCAGCCCAGAUGUCUGCUGCCCCACUGGCCCUGGCCUCUGACUGAGGAUGCUGGGAGCAGUAGCCGGACCCUCCGGGUUUCUAGCCCACGCAGGAAUCUGUUCCCUGUGUCCUCCAGGACCCAUCCCUCAACUCUGAUCUCCAAACCACUCACGGACCCUCCAGCAGGGAAGCACAGGGCCCUUGCCCACCCUCCUGCAGGCCUCCAGGAAGCCUCUGGCAAUAAAAGCAGAGCUCCUGUCUUGCAUCUGAGUGUGCUUAGGUUCCCUGUGUGGCCAGGCUGGGUGGUGCACACCCAUCCACCUGGCUGCUCUGGAGGCUGAUGCAGGAGAAUGGCAGGUUCAAGA